UUUCCGUUGUUUGUUUUGAAUUUGAAGUUUCAUUUGAUUGUUUGUCAACUUGUUCAAUUUUUGACUUUGUUUUUAAUAUUUUUUGAUACUGUUUUAUUAUUUACUGGUCCAUCAAUAUGAACAAUCUUCGUUAUCCAGUUUUGAGUGAAGAAGAGUUGGUUGAAUUUUUCAACAGCAACUUCUUGAUGAGCAUCAAUCUCGCCGAUUUCAUCAAUCCAAACAAAGAUAUGGUGAUCAACAUUUUAGAUAAAUUUUUUGCUGACUUUGGUAUUGAAUACCGUCUACCAAAUCUGUCAAAUACCGCACACAUCACAAACAUGACUAUGCAUCAAGCAUCUAUACCUUUGAUUAAUAUGAAAAAUCAUCUUGAAAGGAUUCUUGGAAAAGCAGGUUUUGAUUUCCGUCUCAGUGAUUUAAUUCGACCUCAAAGACGUCGCAACCAAAUCUUAUUUUCACAAAUUAUUGGCUUUUGGACACAAUUUUUUGAUGUAAUGGAACAGUGGAAAGGAUAUGUUGCUGAUAAAGAGGUUAUGGCACUAAAGAAUGCAGAACUGAGAAAAGAAAAUGAAAAGAAGAAACAGUUGCUAGAAGAAAAGUUACUUUCACUUUCCGACUUGAAAGAAAAGUUACCCGAUCCAGAAGGGUUGUUGGUAGCGAAGGAAAAAAAGUUGAACGAAUUAAAGGAUAAAGCUGAUCAAUACAAAUCUAUUCAUAAAGCAAACAAGGAGAAAAAAGCUAAAUUACGGUUACUGAAAAUGGAUCUUGUUGAAGAAGUGGCCUCUAACAAAGAAAGAAUCGAAUCUUUGAAAGGACAGAUUGUCAAGUCUCCUGAGAAAGUCUUUGCGAAGACGAGAAUUUUGGAACAAUUAAGGGAAGAAGCUAGAAAUGAACUACAAUCAUUCCAACAACAAUUGCUGGAAAAACGUUCAUCAUUGGAAGCCCUCAAAGAAAAAUCAAAGGGAUGUGUGGAGCUAAAUAGCGCCUUGGAAGACUUUAAAACUCAAAAGAAUCAUUUUAUUUCGCUAGUCACCCAGUUAAAUGCGGCUGAAGAGGAAACUGCUACACGCGAUCUGAAAACUACUCAGUUGGAUAUCAAGAUUGCAACGACCAGAGAACUGAUUGAAAGUAUUCAUAAAGAGAAAGCUACUUAUGCGAAAAACCAUGAAAGACAGAUGGCCGUUUUACGAGAAAUGAAUGAUGAAAUGCAACAAAAAUUGUCCGCAAUGAAGAAAGAAAAAUCAGAAAAAGAAGAAUCAACUGACAACAAAAUUAAUCAUAUCGAACAAGAGAUUGGCGAAGAAAAGGAGAAACGUGAAAAACUGAGUGAGGAGUCUGAAAAAACCAGGCAACUUGAAGAAAAAGAGUUGGUUGAUUUUUACAAUCAAAUUAAUGUUCCACUGAAAACUAUCCUCGAGAAUAUGAAAAAUGAAAAAGUUUGUUAGUAAAAAUUUCAGCAAUUUUUUAAACUAA